UCAGGAUGCCUGCAGCACUUGUGGAGAACAGCCAGGUUAUCUGUGAAGUCUGGGCCAGCAACCUAGAAGAAGAGAUGAGGAAGAUCCGAGAAAUUGUGCUCAGUUACAGUUACAUUGCCAUGGACACAGAAUUUCCAGGUGUUGUAGUAAGACCAAUUGGGGAAUUUCGAAGCUCCAUUGAUUACCAGUAUCAGCUUCUUCGAUGUAAUGUUGACCUCCUUAAAAUUAUACAGCUGGGCCUCACAUUCACAAAUGAAAAAGGAGAAUAUCCUUCUGGGAUCAAUACCUGGCAGUUCAACUUCAAAUUUAACCUUACAUCAGGAACAAUCCUCUCACCUAAUAAACUAAUGCCUUACUUUUUUAGAGAGGACAUGUAUUCCCAGGAUUCCAUAGAUCUCCUUGCUAACUCAGGGUUACAGUUCCAGAAGCAUGAAGAGGAAGGUAUUGACACUUUGCACUUUGCAGAACUGCUCAUGACCUCAGGGGUGGUUCUCUGUGACAACGUCAAAUGGCUUUCAUUUCACAGUGGUUAUGAUUUUGGCUACAUGGUAAAGCUGCUCACUGAUUCCCGAUUGCCAGAAGAAGAGCAUGAAUUCUUCCAUAUUCUGAACCUCUUCUUCCCAUCUAUCUAUGAUGUGAAAUACUUGAUGAAGAGUUGCAAAAAUCUUAAGGGAGGUCUUCAGGAAGUUGCUGAUCAGUUGGAUUUGCAGCGAAUUGGCAGGCAACAUCAGGCAGGCUCAGACUCACUGCUCACGGGAAUGGCUUUCUUCAGGAUGAAAGAGUUAUUUUUUGAGGACAGUAUUGAUGAUGCUAAGUACUGUGGACGGCUCUACGGCCUUGGCACAGGAGUGGCACAGAAGCAGAAUGAGGACGUGGACUCCGCUCAGGAGAAAAUGAGCAUACUGGCUAUUAUCAAUAACAUGCAACAAUGAUGACAGGGUACAGCUCUGCAGGACGUGCCCAAUUCCAUACUGGUACUUGCUGUCCUGACUGGUCUCUGUAUAUGUGGAUCUUUCUCUCCUUCUCCAACAGAAAGAGCUUCUAUUGAGUGAAUUGUUCCUACAGUCUGCAUUAAGCAGAAAGACUUUCAUUUUGUUGAAGACAAGUGAUGUCUUCAUUUUAGAUCCAGAUGAAAGAAGUUCACUCUGAAUUUGUAAACAAGUCUUUCCCCCAGUCCUCUAGUUGCCACCUACCACCAGCAUCUAUAGCUCACUUGACACCUUUUUAAUAUCAGGGACAAGUCAGAAACAAGUAAAAUGUAUAUAACUCUUAUCUGUUGUCACUCUUUUCAUUUAAAAAUUUGUUGCUAAUCUCUUGAGAAUGAAGACUUGCCUCUGAUAACUCAGCUGAGCUGAGAGCUACUAAUGAAAACAUGACAAAAUGGUGUACUUGUGGACUGCUUUGUAGAUGCUUGGUUUUUUCAUUUUCCUGAGGGAAUUUUCCUUAUACCUACUAGUUAGUUUUUCUUCAUAUUACAUGAAAAUGAACUGCUCACUGCUAAAAUGGAAACUUGAAAAGCAAAAAAUUAAGUCAUUGCUCUAGAACUUAGUAUUUGGUCCCUCAAAUAUCGUAAGUGCAUUGUUCCAUCAUGCUUGAGAUUUGUUAUAUCAGGUGUGCUUCAUCUGACAUCUUUUUAUGAUAAAACAUGCUAGACUGAAGUGUAACUUUGGACCAAUAAUCUUUAAGAAUAUAGUUUCAGAUGGGCAUUUGGGAUUCUACCACUUCGCUUUCUCUUCACUCUCCUGUUUUUCUUUCAGUGAGACUGAAGAUAUAAGGUGAGGAGGUGGAUGAAGGUGAGUACUCAGCAUCUGUUCCAUGUUCCCUCCCUCCUCUUUUUCAAAAGCAGAGUGGUUAAAUGUAAAAAGGGCAGUCAAGGGAUUCAGCUUUUGUUUAGAGUUCUUCUGAAGUAAAAAUAUCUCUUAACCUGGGGUAUAAAGCUCAGGAUAAUGCUUUUUUUUUGUUCGUUUUAAAAUCUGGUCAUUUAGAAAUUGUUUUCUAUUUCUUGAAUGGCUGCAGUGUGAGCUCUUUUUGGAGAUCAUAAUCCCUAUUGCAGUGGAGGGAAUGACUCACUGAAAUAGAUAGCCUUGCAAGCUUAUGGAAGAUUCAAUUUGCAGUGCUCUGAACAUGUCGCAAGUAUUAAAAGCUGGUAUUUAAAAUGAUUGUAAAUAUUUAUGUUUUUAAUUUUGUAAAAUAAAGAUUUGUUUUUAACCAUCGG